AGAACACACACACACACACACACACAUACACACACUUCCAGUGCUGCUCUUAGUCCUCUGCUAAGAGUUCCUGCCCUUUUACAGCUCCACUUUUCGUCAGAAUGUCCACUCGAUAGACUGUAUCUUCUAAUAAUUCCUGGAUAUCCUAAAGGAUUUCUGAUCCAGCUCUGGGUGAGGUGAGGAAAGUGGAAGAGCAGGAUGAUGCUGUUUAAAGCGAUUAUCCUCUGCUUGCUGUACUUGGCGUCAGUUGGCCAGGCACUGGACUGUCACAAAAUCGAGGAAUGUCCAAUAGAGCUGUACUUCGUUAUCGAUACAUCAGAGACUAUCGCUUUGCAGGAGCCUCCACCGGGCAGCCUUGUUGACAGUGUCACGAAUUUCACCAAGAAAUUUGUGGAAAAGCUAGAAGAUGUGGAGCACAAGGGAAGGGUGAAGAUUACCUGGACUGUGGGCGGACUCCACUUCUCCAUGAAACAGAAAAUCAUUAGCGAACUAACCAACAAGAAUAAAUUCAUUGAAGAGUUAAAGAAUAUCAACUACUUUGGAAAGGGCACCUUCAUCGAUUGCGCCAUUAAGAGAAUGUCGGAGGAGAUGAUCCGUCCAAUAAUAAAUGUAGACCCUACCAGGAAUACACAGCGCUUUGCAGUCGUCAUCACAGACGGUCAUGUGACCGGGAGCCCCUGUGAAGGCAUCAAGGUGGCAGCAGAGCAGGCUCGAGACAAGGGCAUUAAGAUAUUUUCCAUAGCGUCAUCCAACAACCUGGAGGAAUUUGGCCUUAGAGAAAUUGCUAAUUCUCCUGUUGGGGUUUACCGCAGCGACUACAUGGCUGUCGAUCUGUCUAAAGGGAGACCUGAACUUCUAACACACCAUAUUGAUCGCAUUUAUAAUGCCAUGCUGCAUCAAGCUUAUCAAGAGUGCUACAGCGUGAAAUGCCUGCCAACACCCGGACCUCCUGGUCCAGAAGGUCCCAGAGGGCAGAAGGGUGCCAAAGGAGACGGCGGCCCUACGGGUCCCAAAGGUGACAAAGGCCACCCUGGUGAUCCUGGUAUUGAAGGACCUAUUGGUUACCCUGGACUCAAAGGAGAACGUGGUCCCAAAGGAGAAAGGGGAGAAAUCGGCUCACAAGGAAGGAAGGGAGUUGCAGGGGUGUUAGGACGCAAUGGCACCGAUGGUCUGAAGGGCAAAAUUGGUCGCAUGGGGGCUCCUGGUUGUAAAGGUGAACCAGGUGACAAGGGUCCUGAUGGUUAUGCUGGAGAUGUAGGAGACAGUGGCCCAAAAGGAUCUUCUGGAGAGAAGGGAGAUCCAGGACGACCUGGAAGAGCAGGGCCAUCUGGACCACCUGGAGACCCUGGUCCCAGGGGUGAAAGAGGUAGUCCAGGCACACCUGGUGUCCCUGGGCAGAAAGGCCCUAAGGGUACAGCUGGAGGUCCUGGUCCUAAAGGAGAUUUUGGAAGAAGAGGAGAAUAUGGGCCAAAGGGAGGUCAUGGACCAAACGGGCCAAAGGGAGAAAAGGGUGAACCAGGAUCUGAAGGUUUAAGAGGGCUUCCAGGUGAAGCUGGCAAUAAAGGAACCAAGGGAGAUCAAGGUCUUCCAGGACCAAGAGGUCCACCUGGACAAAUAGGAGAACCAGGAAGAAAUGGAAGCAGAGGUGACCCGGGUGAUGCUGGCCCAAGAGGCGACCCAGGACCCCCAGGACCAAUCGGUGACAGUGGCAGACCAGGUUUCAGCUACCCUGGACCAAGAGGACCACCGGGGGACCUAGGAGAUAAAGGUAGACCUGGAGCACAGGGAAGCAGAGGAGACUGCGGUCAAAAGGGAGAGCCGGGAAAGAAAGGAGACCCGGGAGUGCCUGGAGAAGCUGGACCUCAAGGUGAGCCUGGACCAAGAGGGCCUUCAGGAGAAAAGGGAAGAAAUGGUGAUCCUGGUCCAGAGGGAGACCCGGGCCUUACAGAAUGUGACGUCAUGAAUUACAUUAGAGAGACCUGUGGGUGCUGCGAUUGUGAGAAGAGAUGUGGAGCACUGGAUAUUGUAUUUGUUAUUGACAGCUCUGAGAGUGUUGGACUAACAAACUUCACCCUGGAGAAAAACUUUGUAAUCAGCACCAUUAAUAGAUUGGGCUCAAUGGCUAAGGACCCCCACUCAGAGACUGGAACACGAGUCGGUGUGGUCCAGUACAGUCACAGUGGAACCUUCCAGGCCAUUCAGCUCAACGACUCCAAGAUCAAUUCUCUUACAGCUUUUAAAGAUGCUGUGAAGAAUCUGGAAUGGAUUGCUGGCGGCACGUUUACUCCUUCUGCCCUGAAAUUUGCCUAUGACAAUCUGAUCCGUGAUAGUCGCCGGUCUAAGGCUAAAGUGACCGUGGUGGUGAUCACAGACGGUCGCUUUGAUCCCCGGGAUGAAGACGACCUGCUGAAUUACCUCUGCACAGAUAGCAGUGUAGAUGUAAACGCCAUUGGUGUUGGAGACAUGUUUGAAAAGGAAGAGGAAUCUGAGAGUUUGAAGUCCAUUGCCUGUAACAAGCAAGAUAGGGUGAUGGGCAUGAAGCGGUUUGCUGACCUGGUGGCGGAGGAAUUCAUUGACAGGAUUGAGACUGUCCUCUGCCCGGAACCGGUGAUUGUCUGCCCUGACCUUCCAUGCAAAGCUGAACCAGCAGUCGCCAGCUGCGUUCAGCGUCCUGUGGAUCUUGUGUUCCUGCUGGACGGCUCCGAGCGCAUGGGUGCAGACAACUUCCGGAGCGUCCGUGAGUUUGUUGAGAACGUGGCCAGCCGUCUCACUUUGGCUAAGAAUGCCAAGGACAAAAAUAAUGCCCGUGUUGCUCUUCUUCAGUAUGGCGGCGAAAACCGUCAGGAUGUGGUCUUCAGACUUACACAUAAUUUCACCGAGAUCACUAACGGCCUUGGGAGCAUGAGGUACAUGGAUGCGUCCUCCAACGUGGGCAAUGCCAUUACUUAUGCCAUCAACAACAUCCUGCUGAGUGGAAACACCCGCUUGUCACGUGGCAACGCUGAAAUCUCCUUCGUCUUCAUCACUGAUGGAAUCACCGACAAAAAGAAUCUGGAGGAAGGUAUAAGCUCGAUGCGCCGGGCAGAAGCCGUGCCCACUGUGAUCGCCAUGGGCAAGGAUGAAGCAGUCGACAAGGAAGUGCUGUCAAAGCUCGCUCUGGGAGACCAGACGGCUAUUUUCAGGGGAAGGGAUUACUCCCAAUUGUCCAAGCCCAGCUUCUUUGAACGUUUCAUUCGGUGGGUCUGCUGAAGAUGAGGUGUCUUAAGUUCACAUUAGUGUAACGGGGGGAAUUGGUGUGUAUUCGGAGUCGGUCUGGUUGUUAGGGUGAUUAUCUGAACAUGCAGUACCUAUCUUACAUGUAUGGUCUUACAUUUGUUUUUGUUGUUUUUAAGUGACUGAGAACUCAUUAUAUAUUGUACCAGUGGAUUUGGGAAAAGGGAACAAGAAGACACUAGAGUAAAGUUACAUUACAAACACUUUAAAAAGAAAAAAAAAUUACUGACUGAAUGUUUAAACUGCAAUCUGCCAUUUCUUUUGGUAAAUUUCUCUACUUUUAACCGAAUUACCUGAAAUAUUUUGUAUACACACUAAGGUGCUAAACUAGAGCAAGACUGGAGUUUUUCCUGUAUAACUAGGCAAGACGUUUCCAUGAGAUCUUACACAUUCAGGGUUUACGUGAUUAAGCCAUUUUGACAACUACUCGUUUUUAAUCUCGGUGUCAGUCCUAGUCAGGUUCAAUGUCAGCAUUCAUGAUACAAAUCAACAAGCCUUAAGUUCGUCAUCAUAGUUGAACACAGGGAACCAGUCACACAACAGCUUCUUCUUUGAGUUACUGACAAGAAUUGCUCAAAAAGUGCACUCCUGCUUGGGUACAUACUUACUGUAAGUCAUGGCAAUGCGUUUCAACUUAAACUUUCAUAUAAAUUGAUUAUUAAAGCUAUGUUCAUGUACUUAGUUAUAAACAACAGAAUGACCACAAUUGAUCAUUUGUCUUUUUUUUUUUACGGACACUCGGAUCAGAUACCUAAAAAUUUGUUUUUAAUUCCACAAAGAUGAAAUCAAUUUUAAUGUUCUGUCAACACUUGAAGGAUGCAAGCCAUUACUUUUUGUCAACUUCAGUGUUAGUACAAUAAAUCAGGUUGUGGUAAAAUGAAUUUAUCUUGCUGUGGUUGUUGUUGUUUUUUUUUUUAUAUGAACAUAACAAGAAAGUAUGAACUGUACACUAAGCCAAAAAUAAAUUUGGGGCACACCA